UAAUGCACGCUGAAGUGCGAUAGCGCACCAGCGGUAAAAAUACACGCCCACUUAUACAGUCGGACGGGUGUUUUCCCGUCUUCUUUUUUUGGCGCGGACAAGGCGCGAACAUGGACAUGAACGUCACGGUGCACGCACCGUGGACCAGCGUUCCCGCUGCCCAGCCCGCGUUAGGUCUGCUGUACGGCGUGAUCAACAUGUUAACGCACGUGCCCUUCACGGACCUUCCUGUUCUCGACGACUACGAGCUGGGAGAGCUGCGGCCGUACUACGACUACGUAAUCGUCGGCGGUGGUUCGGCAGGAUGCGUGAUAGCCAACAGGUUGUCUGCGGAUCCCCGCGUCACCGUGCUCCUACUGGAAGCCGGGGCACUCGAGGAAGCAUCUCGACAAAUCCCGGCCGUGGCUCCGUUCAACAUUCGAGGUCGUGACGACUGGGACUACUGGAGCGUGCCGCAGAAGCACGCUGCCUUCUCCUUCCGGAACCAGAGGUUGGCGCAUAACCGCGGCAAGGUGCUCGGAGGAAGCAGCGUGCUAAACUUCAUGAUGUACACGAGAGGAAACCCGGGGGACUACGACCGCUGGGCCAAACAGUACGGAGCCGAAGGGUGGUCAUACGAAGACGUGCUGCCCCAUUUCAAGGACAUCGAGGACUACCGCGUCGGCCCAGUGGACGAGUGCCAUGGAGUUGGAGGAGAGAUACCGGUGGACUACGCCAACACCACCACGCCUCUCGCUCACAUUCUUAUGGAGGCGUGUCAGCAAGCCGGCUACGCUCACGUGGAUUUCAACGGUCCUACCCAGUCAGGUUGCUCCCGACUACAGGCGAACGUGGCGAACGGCAAGCGCUUCAGCGCCAGCAAAGCAUUCAUUCAGCCGGUCAUCCGUGAACGGAAGAACCUGCACGUGGCGCUACUCAGCCACGUCAUCAAGGUAAACUUCGACGGUAAGCGUGCAGUGGGUGUGACCUUCACCAGACUUGGUCGGCCGGCCAAGGUGAAUGCGAGGCGAGAAGUGAUCCUCUCCGCGGGAACCGUGGGAUCUGCACAGCUCUUGCUGCUUUCCGGAGUUGGGCCCAGAGAUGACCUGGAACGGCUACAGAUACCGGUGGUUGCCGAUCUGCCAGUGGGCCGCAACCUUCAAGACCAUCCGGCGAUCCUCAUGGGAGUUCCCGUUAGCACCGACGUGGAAGUGGGCAUACCACCUUUUAGUCUCGCCGACAUACAGCAGUACGCCAGCAACGGGACAGGCACGAUAUCGAUACCUGUGGGCAACGAGUUUGUGCACUUCCUGCCCACCGAGUACGCCGAGGAUCCAAAUGUCCCGGAUGUCGAGGUGGCGACCAUGGCCAUGUCGCCGGCCAGCCAGUUGACCAAGGCGCUCGCCGUGGAGCUAGGAUUGUUGCCCGAGGCUUUUGACGAUUUAAUUGGGCCCAUUGACGAUCGGCCCGGGUUUCGAGCAGCCAUGAUUCUCAACCGACCGAGGUCACGGGGCUCCAUUUCGCUGCGCUCCAAGAACCCAUACGAGCACCCGAAUAUCGAUCCGAACUUGUUCGAGCACCCUUACGAUGCGAAGGCACUCGCUCAAGGUACGAAGAUGUUCGUCGACCGGAUAUUGAGCACGGAAGCCAUGAAGAGCAUCGGCGCCAAGGCGUGGCAAAAGAUAUUUCAUCCAUGCGCCGAUGCGGGACCCCUGUGGAGCGAGGAGUACAACGAGUGUGUUUCCCGACAUACUGCAAUAGCCGCCUGGCACCUUUGUUGCACCGUAGCUAUGGGCUCGCAUCCUCAGGCAGUCCUGGACGAACGGCUGAGAGUCCGCGGUGGAGUGACGGGCCUGCGGGUAGCCGACGCCUCCGUGAUGCCCGACAUAAUAACGGGUCACACAAAUGCGCCAAGCAUGAUGAUUGGCAGCAAGGCAGCGUCUAUGAUCAUCGAGGACAAUGCAGCUGGACUUCAGUGAAAAAGCAAAGGCAUGACACGACAGCUGACUCUGCUGCCCGACUACGAGUGCGAAAGCCCGUACACUGAGAUUCGUUUAUACCAACAAGGUCGACUUGUAACACGAUAUACAAUUUCGAUGGUGUUCGCAGCAAAUAAAAUAUUUAGGAACAAAAAUAA